GUAUGGCUACAGCAAGGUCUGUCUGAGUCUCAUUCCAUUUAGGCUGCCACAGAUCUGCUGUUUCACUCUCAGCCUUAAAUGUUUCUCCUCUGACUCAGACAAUUGCCCCACUGUGGAGAUCAGACUCUUGCUUCAGUUCCCCUACCCUCUGAAGACAGGUCCAACCCAUUGCAAGAGAUUUGGGUUCACUAAACAGUGUUUCUCUUCUGCAAUGCAAGCCACUGUGUUUCUAGCCCUCUUGUGUCACCCUGUGAAAAGGGGUUUGAGAAAGUAGCACAAGAAAAUGAUAAUAUGAACAGUAGUGAUGAUGGCCUAGUCUCAGGCCUCACGUGUGUUGAGUGCAGUAGAAGCAGUGUGAUUUUGUUAUAACAAUCCAUACUUCAACCUCCUGAUGCGAAGAGAUGACUCAUUGGAAAGACCCUGAUGCUGAUAAAGAUUGAAGGCAAAAGAAGAAAGGGGGCAACGGAGGAUGAGAUGGUUGGACGACAUCACUAUCUCAAUGGACAUGAGUCUGAGCAAACUCCAGGAGAUAGUGAAGGACAGGUGCAAGAUAGCUCUCAUUAACAGAGCUGGAGGGUGGACAAAGGAUAGUGGCCAGUAAGUCUUCUGGCUUAAAAAUUCACAACACACGCUCAACUGUGGUCAUAAAGGAAAAAGGACCUAUGUGUUAGAAGAUAUGAUGCACAAUCCAGUCCCCCUUUAGGACUGAAGGACAACUCUUCAGCUGCUUGGAGUGGUCUCAGCUGUCAGUCUUAUCUGGGAAAUUACUGAAGAGAAGUAUCAAUACUUCACUAAGGGACACACCACCCUUCCUGAAGACAGCCUGCAUCCAAUGACUUGUUAACAGAAAUGUCAUUGAAGCAGACAACCUGAUCCAACUCUGAAAGAUUCAGGGGAGAAAGGGAAGCUUUCUACCUGAACAUCCCUGAUAUAAACAGGAAAUGAAGGCAUCACUCACCGUGCUUGGAACUGGGAAAUUGUUCUGGGGCUUCUUCCUAAUUCCUCAUGUAGGCAUUUGGAGUAUCAAUGGAGACAAGUCAUGUGAUAUACAACUUUACAUUAAGAAAUAUUCCAUGUAUGUUGUAUCAUCAGGGGACCCAUUUGAACUGGAAUGCCCUAUGAAAUAUUGUGCUGAUAGACCUACUGUGACCUGGUGCAAGCUUGAAGGAAACAAUUGUUUACAUCUUGGGGACAGACUUCAGGGGUCUAUGGGUUGGGAAGAAAGGAAGCUUAAUUCAGUGUUUAUUUUGCAUUUUAAUCAAGUGCUUGCUAGUGACAGUGGGUCAUACCGCUGUUUUGUGAACUCUUCAUCUGGAUUCAUUGAAAGCCACUCAAUUACCAUUAAUGUGACAGAACGGACUCAAAAUAAUUCAGAACAUCCUCUUGUAAAUACAAAGAAUGCCUCAAGACCACUCUCCAAGGAAGAGAUGGUAGACCGACAAUGGAUCCUUUAUAGUUUGCUUCCUUUGGGGGCUUUACCUCUACUCAUUACCUGUUUCUACCUAUUCUGCUGCCUUAGAAGGCACCAAGGGAGACAAAAGAAGCUUUCUAAUUCAACAGGAAGGGAUACUAACCUGGUUGAUGUUCCUCAGUUCUUUAGGAGUGAGCCAACUGAAAUCAACAUCAUGGAAAGUUCCCAAACAUUGCAUUUGGAAACUGGAAUUUAUGAUAACGACCCCUGGUUCAGGGUCCGGAGAGAGUCUGGGGUUUAUUUUAACCCAAGUCUGGAAGAAAACAAACAGGGCAUUGUUUAUGCUUCCCUGAAGCAUUCGGUCAUUGGAAUGAACCCAAGACAGGCAACACAUGUGCAAGAAGCACCCACGGAGUAUGCCACCAUAUGUGUGAGGAGUUAGAUCUGGUCCUGAUCUCCCGCCAGUGGUCAGCAACUGAUCUGCUAGUCAGCACCGCUACUGAAGGCCAACAGAAAGUCAAACACGGGUCCUUGGCUUGAGAAAUUUCACUUUCAGGAGGUUCACCUCAGUGCUUGGGUCUUAAGCAUCCACAGGACAAAUGACUAAAAUUUCUCCCAGAAACUUCUUUGGGAGUUUUUUAUAUUUAUAGCCUUGGGCAGUAAAAUCUUUUUUUUCCAAAACCAAAUGAUGUCAUUUUUAGACAUCAUUUUUCGACCCAGCUACAUUUAACCUGCUACACAGACUCAAUAUUUUCUUUGGGACUACAGAGAAUGUAGGACAAAAAGGUUUAGAUUCUCUAGAUCAGUUCACUAUAUACUCUUGAAAAAGAAGUCCCAAUUCAGAUAACUGAACAUAAAUACAGUGAUGACUGUGUGUCUGUUUCCAGUCUUCCAUAAUAAGAAAUUUUUAUCAAUCUAAUAUUGGAAUUUCUUAAAUGUAAAGGAGAAAUAAUUUUAAACUUGAUGAUAUAAGAAAAGAAUGGAAAGAAUAAAUGAUGCAAUAAAGAUGUGGAAUAUACCAAGUGGAUACAGGGUAGAUGUUCCCCAUGCCUGACAAGCAAAUGCUUAUAUCUAUCCUGUUAGAUUACUAAGCAAAUAGAGGUAGUAAAUAUAGCAAUUAAUGUAUGAUGCAUUUAUAAAGUGACUGUGUGUGGGUAACAUAGACUAAUAUAUAUGAAUGUGACAUAAUGCUACUGAGUUGUUACAUUGGGACAAAAGUAAUUGCAGUUUUGAACUGUGAAUUUUGAAUCAUUAUAACUAGGUUCAAGGACAUCUUUAUUAAUCAGAAUAGGAGCCAUUACAAUCAACACAUUUUUGCCAACAAGAAAUAAGUUUGUUUAUUCCUGUAGCACAAAAUUCAUACUUGAGGAUUUGACAAUUCUUGGAAAGGAUUUUCUGCCUCCUGCUGGUUGUGGAAGCAUUUUCCCUGCAAAAUAUUGUCCAGAUGCUUGAAGAAGUGGUAGUCGGUUGGCAAGUGGUCAGGUGAAUAUGGCAGAUGAAGUGAAAUUUCAUAGCCCAAUGCAUUAAACUUUUGAAAUGCUGGUUGUGCGACAUGUGCUUAGGCAUUGUCAUUGAGAAGAAUCGGGUCCUUUCUGUUGACCAGUGCUGGCUACAGGAGUUGCAGUUUUCUGUGCAUUUCAUCAAUUUGCUGAACAUACUUCUCAGAUGUAAUGGUUUUGCCAGGACUCAGAAAUCUGUAGUGGAUCAGACCAGCAGCAGACCACCAAACAGUGACCAUAACCUUUUUUUUUGGUGCAAGUGUAGCUUUGGGAAGUGCUUUAGAGUUUCUUCUUCAUCCAACCACUGAGCAGGUCAUUGCUGGCUGUCAUAUAAAAUCCAGUUUUUGUCACACAUCACAAUCUGAUUGAGACAUUUCUCAAUCAUUAACAUUUUGUUAUUGUUGCAUAGAGUAAGAGAAGACGACUCUUCAAAAUGAUUUUUUUUUUUUUUUUGAUUUGCAGUCUGCUUACGAGGCACUGACUUAUAGAGCAUGGUCACCUUUCCAAUUUGCUUCAAAUGCCAAAUGACCAUACAAUGGUUGAUGUUGAGUUCUUUGGCAAUUUCUCCUGUAGCUGUAAGGGUAUCAGCUUCAAUGCUUGCUCUCAAUUGGUCGUUGUCAACUUCCGAUGGCCAGCCACUGUACUCAACUUCAAGGCUCUCGUCUCCUUUGCAAAACUUCUUGAAUCACCGCUGCACUGUACAUUUGCUACCAGUUCCUGGGCCAAAUGCAUUGUUGAUGUUGCGAGUUGUCUCUGCUGCUUUACAUCCCAUUUUGAACUAGAAUAAAAGGAUCUCACGAA